AUGCAUCGUGGAAGUUUUAUUUUUCGGUCUUGGUGAGUAAGUGUCGCGCAGCUUCCACGAUGAAGAAGUGACGAGCGCACAUCUGGAGGAGGAUCUUGAAGUAAAAAGAAAACCCAUCUCUGUGCGUCUCCGUCCGGACCACGUCCACACACACAGGCUGCAGACAAUCCGAAGCGAAGCCAGACUUUAGUUUUCAGGACAUAUAGCUCUUACAGUUUUUAUUUUAAUUAUUAAUCCGCUCCGACUCCGGGGAAGAGGCAGAUCCGUGCAGAGAAAACGGUUCGGUUCGUGUGGAGACUCUUUUUUUGUUUACAUUUUAAAUGUUUUUAUUGUCUGCGCGGACGGAUUGUUGAAGUUUCUUUUGUGUAAGUGUGUGUGUGAGUGUGUGGAAGUGAAGCAGAAAUGCUGCCACAGCUGCUCCCACUGGCCUGCUGCCUCCUCUGCUCUGCCUUCACUUCUGUCACCGCUAAUGUCCUCCGAGCCGAGGCGUGGCUUCAGCAGUAUGGCUACCUGCCUCCAGGUGAUGUAAGAGCCCAGUCCCUCCGCUCACCCAGGACCAUUGAAACAGCGAUAUCGGCCAUGCAGAGGUUUUAUGGACUGACCGUCACCGGCUCCAUCGACACCAACACAUUAGAAGCGAUGAAGCGGCCGCGGUGUGGCGUCGCAGAUAAGUUUGGUCCAGAGCUGAAAACCAAUCUAAGGAGGAAAAGAUACGCCAGGCAAGGUCAGAAGUGGGACAAGACUGAGGUGACAUUCAGCAUAGAGAACUACACGCCCAAAGUAGGAGAACGAGYAACGUUCGACGCCAUCCGGAAGGCCUUCAAAGUGUGGGAGAGCGCCAUCCCGCUGACGUUCAAAGAAAUCCCUUUCAGUCAGAUCAGAGGCAAAGUCAGCAAGUACGCAGACAUCAUGUUGUCCUUUUCAGAAGGUUUCCACGGGGACAGCACGCCUUUUGACGGUGAGGGUGGCUUUUUGGCGCACGCUUACUUCCCCGGUAAUGGCAUCGGGGGCGACACGCACUUUGACCUCGCUGAACCGUGGACCACGGGAAACGUGGAUCAAGGAGGGAAUGAUGUUUUCCUGGUAGCGGUCCAUGAGUUGGGUCAUGCUCUGGGCCUGGAACAUUCUGACAACCCUUCUGCCAUCAUGGCCCCUUUCUACCAGUGGUUUGAUACAGAAAACUUCCAGCUUCCAGACGACGACCGCAGAGGCAUCCAAUCUAUUUAUGGAACAAAGUCUGGAGUACCUCCUCCUCCUCGUCCCACCAAGUCAUCCAAGCCCAACAUACCAGACAACGGCCCUGACAUAUGUGAGGGACACUUUGACACCAUYGCCAUCCUCAGAGGGGAAAAAUUUGUGUUUAAGGACAAGUGGUUCUGGCGUAUUCGUAACAACAAGGUGUUGCCUGGGUACCCCAGAGUCGCUGGUCAGUUUUGGAAAGGCCUCCCUGCAAACAUCAACGCUGCCUACGAGAGGGAAGAUGGGAAGUUUGUCUUCUUCAAAGGCGACAAAUACUGGGUUUACAGCGAGUCCACCAUGGAAAAGGAUUCUCCAAAGAGCCUGAGGGAUCUGGGAACCGGUCUACCUAAAGACAAGAUUGAUGCUGCUCUUUUCUACACACCAACAGGACAGACAUUCUUUUUCAGAGGAACUGA